AUGGCUGAGAAGUCUGGUCCCAUGAUAUCCUCUGUGCCAAAUCAGUCAGUUAUAAACCUUACAACUGUCCUAUGGGAGCCAAAUCCUACGGUUCCUGCCGAUGUGGGUGUAGUCACAAGCUCCCAGUCACAGAUCAAAGACCUUUUUGGCUUGUUCUGCAUGGUGACCCUUAACCUCAUUGCUUUGUUAGCCAAUGCUGGUGUAAUGGUGGCCAUUGCUCGUGCUCCUCACCUGAAGAGGUUUGCAUUUGUGUGUCACCUUUGCGCAGUCGACCUGCUGUGUGCCAUUCUCCUCAUGCCUCUGGGUAUCAUAUCCAGCUCGCCUUUCUUUGGUACUGUGGUGUUUACUGUUCUUGAGUGUCAGGUUUACAUCUUUCUCAACGUUUUCCUCAUCUGUCUGUCCAUUCUUACCAUCACAGCCAUCAGUGUGGAGCGUUACUUCUAUAUUGUACACCCAAUGCGUUACGAAGUCAAGAUGACCAUCAACCUCGCUAUUGGUGUAAUGCUCCUAAUCUGGGUUAAGUCAGUCCUCUUGGCUUUGGUCACACUGUUUGGAUGGCCAGCUUAUGGAAAUCAAAGCUCUAUUGCUGCAGGUCACUGCUCUCUCCAUGCGAGCCACAGUCGUCUGAGAAGAGUAUUUGCUGUGCUCUUCAGUGUGGUGUGUUUCCUGGUUCCUGCAGUGGUUAUCUUUGCUGUUUACUGUGCUGUGUACAAGGUAGCCCGUUCCGCAGCUUUACAGCAAGUCCCCACUGUGCCAACAUGGGCAAAUUCAAGCCCUGCUAAGAAUCGCUCUGACUCCAUUAACAGCCAGACUACCAUGAUCACCACCACCCGCACUCUGCCCCAGAGACUAUCUCCAGAGAGGGCCUUCAGUGGGGGCAAAGCUGCCCUUACCUUGGUAUUCAUUGUGGGCCAGUUCUUGGUUUGUUGGUUGCCGUACUUCAUCUUCCACCUGCAAAUGUCUCUGACUGGCUCCAUGCAGAGCCCUGGGGAUUUAGAGGAGGCAGUCACCUGGCUCGCUUACUCUUCUUUUGCAGUUAACCCAUUCUUCUACGGCCUGUUGAACAGGCAGAUCAGAGAGGAGCUCAUCAAGUUUCGACGCUGCUGCCUGACCCAGCCUAUGGAGUUUGGGGCUUCCAGUCAUGAGGGCUCUCUUCAGGAGAACUUCCUCCAGUUCAUCCAGAGAACCAGCAGCUCAGCUGAAACCCGGUCCAGCUGUGUUAACUCCAGUCCCAGAAACACUAUGGACCAGGGAGUUAAGAUCCCUGGACAAAUACCUGAGGAAAAUGCUUAGACAUUGAGCAAUAUGGACUGCAAUACUAAUAUGUAGGCCAUAGCUUUUUAUGGUUGUGGGACAUUUUUCCUUCAUACUUUUUAAGUGUCCAGUGACUUGUGUUGUUUAAUUGCAAUACUCCAUUC